AUGCCUCAGCCCAGUGUGAGCGGAAUGGACCCGCCUUUCGGGGAUGCCUUCCGAAGCCACACUUUCUCGGAACAGACUCUGAUGAGCACAGACCUCUUAGCAAACAGCUCAGAUCCAGAUUUCAUGUAUGAACUGGAUAGAGAGAUGAACUACCAGCAGAAUCCUAGAGACAGCUUCCUUUCUUUGGAGGACUGCAAAGACAUUGAAAACCUGGAGUCUUUCACAGAUGUCCUGGAUAACGAGGGCACUUUAACUUCAAACUGGGAGCAGUGGGAUACAUACUGUGAAGACUUGACAAAGUACACCAAGCUGACCAGCUGUGACAUCUGGGGAACAAAAGAAGUGGAUUACUUGGGUCUUGAUGACUUUUCCAGCCCUUACCAAGAUGAAGAGGUCAUAAGCAAAACUCCGACUUUGGCCCAGCUGAAUAGUGAAGACUCUCAGUCUGUUUCUGACUCCCUGUACUGCCCAGAUUCCCUUUUCAGCGCCAAACAAAACCCCGUGCCCUCUUCAUUCCCUGCUAAAAAGAUCGCGAGCCGAGCAGCUGCCCCGGUGUGUUCUUUUAAGAUUCUCCAAGCUGAGGUCCCCUUGUCAGACUGUGUCCAAAAAGCCAGUAAGCCCACUUCAAGCACACAGAUCACGGUGAAGACCAACAUGCACCUUACUGAGAAGGUGAACUUUCACGUUGAAUGUAAAGACUAUGUCAAAAAGGCAAACGUGAGGAUCAGCCCCGCGCAGCAGAGCCGGCCGUUGCCGAGCCAGGCUCACGCAGACGCCGCAAAGGAGAACACCUGCUACUGCGGGGCGGUGGCAAAGAGGCCAGAAAGGAAAGGGACGGAGCCUCUUCAGGGUCAUGCCACUCCAGCUUUGCCUUUUAAAGAAACCCAGGAACUACUGCUCAGUCCCCUGCCCCAAGAGGGGCCGGGGGCAGUCGCUGCAGGGGAGAGCAGCAGCCUUUCUGCCAGCACCUCGGUCUCGGAUUCAUCCCAGAAAAAAGAAGAGCACAACUACUCCCUUUUCGUCUCCGACACCUUGGGCGAGCAGCCGGCCAGAGGCAGCCCUGAGGAAGAGGAGGAGGACGACGACGAUGUCGAUGAUGAGGACCACGACGAAGGGUUUGGCAGCGAGCAUGAACUUUCUGAAAAUGAGGAGGAGGAAGAGGAAGAGGAGGAAGAUUAUGAAGAUGACAAGGAUGAUGAUAUUAGUGACACUUUCUCUGAACCAGGGUAUGAAAAUGACUCCGUGGAAGACUUGAAGGAGAUGACUUCGGUGUCCUCUCGGAAGAGAGGUAAAAGAAGAUACUUCUGGGAGUACAGUGAACAGCUCACCCCGUCACAGCCAGAGAGGAUGCUCAGGCCGUCCGAAUGGAACCGAGACACCUUGCCAAGUAAUGUGUAUCAGAAAAAUGGCUUGCAUCACGGCAAGUACGCGGUAAAAAAGUCCCGGAGGACUGACGUCGAAGACCUGACCCCCAACCCGAAGAAGCUGCUGCAGAUAGGCAACGAGCUGCGCAAGCUGAACAAAGUCAUCAGCGACCUGACGCCUGUCAGCGAGCUGCCCUUGACCGCCCGGCCGCGGUCCCGGAAGGAGAAGAACAAGCUGGCCUCCCGGGCUUGUCGGUUAAAGAAAAAAGCCCAGUAUGAAGCUAACAAAGUGAAAUUAUGGGGCCUCAACACAGAAUACGAUAAUUUGUUGUUUGUAAUCAACUCCAUCAAGCAAGAGAUUGUAAACCGAGUACAGAAUCCAAGAGAGGAGAAAGGACCCAACAUGGGGCAGAAGCUUGAAAUCCUCAUUAAAGAUACUCUUGGUCUCCCCGUUGCUGGGCAAACCUCUGAAUUUGUUAACCAAGUGUUAGAGAAGACUGCAGAAGGCAAUCCCACCGGAGGCCUUGUAGGACUGAGGAUACCAGCAUCGAAAGUGUAA